GUCACUGAAGUUGUUAAGUGACGACUUGACGAGAGAGAGAGAGAGAGAGCUCAAACAGAUAUUCUAGUGUAAGGACGACGAGUGUGCGCCGACUGCUCGCCCCGGUGAACUGUACAAGACGUGUGGGCAGCCGCGGACAAGCGUAGCCCAGCCAAAAUCCCAGCACAGGUUUCUCAGAUCGGUUGGCACUAUCUUGUAGUCGCCAUGACGCGGCGCCCGAAUUGAUCGAUCGUCGCGGCCGCCACCUGACGACAAAGGACAGCCGCAGAGCUCAGGCUCAGCUCGAUGUUCCCAAACGCGGGCGAGGACAAAGCGGCAUAGUGGAGACAGACGGGGCGUGGACCGUGGCGGCGUGAAUACCACGAACGCCCUUGUCGUGCGCUCGCCUGCGGACAAAGCCCUGUGUCACGGCGCGAGGGCGAGGCAGUCGCGCGCGCGCGAGCCUCGGCGGGCGACGGCUGCCUAUAUAAGGCGCGCCGCACCGGCGGGUUCCGGCGUCUCGCCUCGAGUACGUUCGUUCGUUCUGUCUGUCUGUCUGUCAGUGCUGCGUUGGAAGCUGCCGCACGUCGUCGCUGAGCACAGGGAGGACGAGGAGCGGAGUAGUAGCGGCGGCGGCAGGGAACUGAUGGAGAGCAGCGGCAUGAUGCUGGUGAAGAGCGAGAUCGAGAGCUGCUACCCGGGGCCGUCGGCGGCGGCACCCAGCGUGGUGAUCGGGGGAGCGCCGGACGGCGUCGAGGGGGGCCAUCGUCAUCAGGUGGUGAGGAGGAGGAGGAGGGAGCCGCCUCUCCUCGCGCCCAUCGGCGGCGGCGGCGGCAUUGGCAAGCCGCUGCCGAGCAUCACCGUCAAGAGGAGCUCCAGGUUCCGUGGGGUCAGCAGGCAUCGAUGGACGGGUCGGUUUGAGGCGCAUCUGUGGGACAAGAACUCGUGGAAUCCGACGCAGCGGAAGAAAGGCAAACAGGUGUAUCUGGGAGCUUAUGACGAGGAGGAGGCUGCUGCGAGGGCCUACGACCUCGCUGCUCUCAAGUACUGGGGGCCUACCACCUACACGAACUUCCCGGUCAUGGACUACGAGAAGGAGCUGAAGGUGAUGGAGAACCUCACCAAGGAAGAGUACCUUGCAUCGCUGAGGAGGAAGAGCAGUGGCUUUUCAAGAGGAGUGUCUAAGUACAGAGGGGUUGCCAGACAUCAUCAGAACGGGAGAUGGGAAGCGAGAAUCGGGCGCGUCUUCGGCAACAAGUACCUCUACCUAGGAACUUACAGCACGCAAGAAGAAGCCGCCCGCGCAUACGACAUCGCGGCGAUAGAGUACAAGGGCGUGAACGCGGUGACCAACUUCGACCUGAGGUCCUACAUCACGUGGCUGAAGCCCAGCGCUCCGCCGGCCGCCUUCAACCGGGAGGCGCUCGUGGCGCAGGCAGCGCCGGCCGAGCAGCUGCAGCUCCACCACCACCCGGCAGAGACGGCCCAGAUGCUCCCGCGAGGCAACCCGUUCCUGCUGGACCACAUGACCAGUAGCGGCGGCGGCCAGGAGGCCUCCAUGUCCACGGUGUCUCCCGGCGGCAUGAGGAGGCGAGGCUCCUCCACCGCGCUCAGCCUCCUGCUCAAGUCGUCCAUGUUCCGGCAGCUGGUCGAGAAGAACUCCGACGCCGAGGAGGGCGCCGGGGACGGGGAGGCGGCUGCUGCUGCUGGUAGUGGUCAUCCAGGGCCAGGAGACGCCUACGAGUACCACAACUUUUUCCAGGGAGAGGCGCCUCCGGACAUGUGCGACCUCUUCUCGUCAGGCGGCGGCGGCGGCGGCGGCCACGCGCGGGUUGCUGGGUUCCAUAGAGACAUCGCCGCGUGCUAUGACGGCGAGGGGCUGGAUGGCUGGAGUGGGUUUGGCAACAUGCCUUCUCUGCAAUAGUUGCCUUAAUUUUGUGUAAUGAAAAUUUUCAAAUUUCCAGCUGCUAGUUUCCCUUUCGCACGCA